UAGCAGUUAACCAUUAACAACGAGCAAUCACUAGCCUCGGCUUCAAAUUUGAAUAUUUCCAUCGUUGACUAAAUUAAUAAGUAAAAUGCUGCCAGAAACAAAUGAAGACGAUGCCGCCAACUUAAGUGCUACAUUUGUUACAGACAAUAGUCUUGAAGAGGCAGAAGCAGGCAAUGGAAAACGAGAACAAAGCGCGGAAGAAGAACUUGUAGAGGUAGCAGAAAAUGUCGAAGAAGCCGCAGCUCAAAUAGCUGAAAUUGCUGAAGUUACCGAGCCCGAAGCAUCUGUUGGUGAGGUGGUUGAUGUGCCUGGUGACGUCGAGCCCAAUGAGAAACGCGACCAAAAUUAUGACAGCAAUAAGAAUCGCGAGGAUGCAUCAUCCGACGACGAUGAGCAAGAAAAAAUUGUAGAAAUGAAUCCCGUGUUCGAAUCAGAAUGGGCUGAUUUGGAAAAAGAUCUGGCAAAGAAGGAGGAUGACAAGAAUGACUUGGGUAAUGAAAUUGACUCGCUUGAUGCUGUACCGAAAAAUUUGUCCAAUGAUAUUGCCGUAAAUGACCUAGCUGCUGCAGAUGGCGGUUUGUCAAUUGAUCCCGAUGCGGAAUUCAUUGAUAUUUCGAUAUCCGGUCGAGUACCUGAGUUGGAAAAAUUGAAAAUUUCACCUUCCAGCAAUGAAGAUGGUUCCACUUUGCAAAACGAUAAGUAGUUUUACAUACAAUAUGGACUCAUAUCUAGAGGUAUGUGUUUUAUUGUUU